CCGGGAAAUAGUAUCACCCCUUUGUUGACAGAAGCCGAUCUUGAAUACAUUUUUCAUGAAUAAAUACUGAAAACGAUUAAAAUUGUAAUUAGGAGGUAUAUUUUAUGUUUGAAAUAGAUAUGAAGGUAACAAUCAAAGAGAGACUAUGCUACCUGCUGCUACUUUUAGUUGCCACAACAGUGUCAGGGGAAGUAAACCUGACAGCAUCUGGCAGCUUCAUAGACAAUACAUAUGUGGUGAAGACUGGUAGCUCGGUGACAUUGACCUGCAGUAACAGUGAUAAAGCUACCUAUGUUUCAAUAGCAGAUAAGGAUGGAACUGUUCUUGGUUCAUGCACUGUAUUUAUGGGAGAUUUCACGUGUACACCAACUUCUUCAUAUACUGUAGAUAAAUCUGAUGCAUCCUUGAAUUACUUUAGAUAUGUCAUUGGUAGCUUCCAGAAAAGUAAUUGUGGAACCUAUAAGUGUGAGUUGGGAACAGAUUCAACAGUGUUUUCUUCGAUAACUGUUGAGCAUGAAGUAUACUACAAUGAUCCAUGUGGCUCUACGUGUGGAACAUGUGAGGUUAACAACUUUGAUUGCCAGGCAACAACCAACAAAUGUGUAUGUAAAGGGGAUACAAUUCCAGAUUCAGAUGAUUCAACCAAAUGCAAUUGCAAGUGUAAGGUCCUUCAAAUUGUGUGGUCAGUCAUCUUCAUUGUCUUGAGUACUCUGUCAGGAGCCGUGGUCUUGUUUGUUAUAUUUUCAGUUCAAAAAGCAAGGAAUUGGCUAUCAGGUAGCUUGUGUGCCUCAACCUACCUUUGCAUGAGUGUUUGGGUCGUUUUCAGUUUUGUGUACAGCAUUGUUGCAGUAGUUCUCUACUAUGUCCUAGUAUGCAAAGAUGGCUCGAUUAAAGAAGAUUGUUGGCCUGUUUACAUCAUAAUUGGAAUUGUAUUUAAAGCUGUAGAUGUUGUAGUAGCCUUCCUUGCGGUACUUGCCUUUUUAAAAGGUGAUACGGCUGAUGCUGAAAGCCCCACUCCCAUGUAUGAAUCCCAAGUCGUUGCUACAAACCAACCCAAAGAUGCUAAACACAAAGAAGCAAUGGAUAGACCACAGCCUUUGCCCCCAGUUGGUGGACAGAAAGAACAUGGAAAAGGGCACUCUGCAAAUGAUGGGGAUAUAUUUAACAUGCCAGAUGUAGGUAAGAAGAAACUGCCACCUUUGUCAGGAUAGGCGAGAAGAUGCAGAGGUAAAGAAAAAGAAAACAAAAGAAGAAAAUUAACAAGGAUUAUUGUGAACUAGACUAACUAGUGGUGAUGAUGGUUCUAACUUACUGGAAAAAUAAGUUUGAUAGUCUGCAUACUGUGAUAUAACUUCUGAUGAUAAUCUAAUAACGUUUAUUAACAGAAGUACUAGUAGAAUAUUCAUGAUGUAUGAUAAGCAAUAGAAUAAGUGUCUCAUCGAAUUCUAACAUUUAACAGGUUUCAUUCAAAUCUACAAAAAAGUCUUAUAAAUAAAUUGAAUUUUGGAAAUUUAUUUUACUGAGAUAAUAUAUUACAACUGCCUUCAAUCUUGUUCAUUAGAUAUGCCUGGCAUCAAAAAAAUGUGGGUAAACAUUAAAAUCCUGCAAAUUAAAGAAUACGUUCGCAUUGGUAUUUAUGUCUUAUUUUCAACUUUGAAAAACAGUUUUUAAAUGAACAAAUAUCAUUUGUCAUUGUGCAAUUCAAUGCAUAUUUGUUCUAUUAAGAGUGUGCCUGAGGAUAAUAGGAUCAGUUAUUGAUAUAUCUCUCCAUCACAGCAAUGACAGCAAUUAAAAUUGUGUUUAAGAUACUACUAAACAUAAACCUUUUUACAAAGCUAGAAGUUUAGACUAUGCCUGAGUAUUUCGUAAAUUAGACGAUAAUCUUAAUAUAAAUCCUUUGCAAAAAAGUCAUGCUGCAUGGUAUAUAACUAACAAAUAUUUAUAUUUUAAGUCUGAUUUUUUCAUGUUAUAUAUAAUAGAGUAUGAAAUUUUAGCCAGUAACUCUGCUUCAAAAUCAAAAUGAUUUAUUUAUUCCUGUUUAACACAUAGGGGUAAAACAUGAAAGUCACAAAACAUUUUGUUUAUGUCCAAAAAAACUUUAAAGUACACAAUAAUCAAACCAAAUGACAGCAAUAAGGUCAUGUUAAAACAGUUAAUGAUAUGACUACAACAAUAACACAACAUAUGUAAUGAGUUGACAACAACAAUUAAACACAAUAUUAGGAAUGAUGGUGUACACUGCAUUGCAUUCAUGAUGUCAACUUCCUCAAUUUUAUUUAGUUUUUGUAUGCUGAGACACAUAGUGGAACAAAAAAAAUAGUUGUUAGCACAUGUUACUGUCAGUAAGGCUAUUUAAGUUAGUAAAUGUUAAUAAAAAUGCUUACCAAUAUUAAUAAUUUCUAUGCUAGAUCAGUUGAUUUUCAGUCAACCGUUUGAAUCCUGAUUGAAACGACCCAGUGCCUGUGUCCUGUCUGAUAAUGAUUGAUAGUAGGGAUUGUGUAUAAGCAGCACUGACUGACAGGAUUUUUGCCUUUUUAAGUUCUUGGGUGGAUCUUGAACCAUAGAUUAGGCACAAUUAGGGCUCAAUUGAAUAGUUACAUUAUGUUGCUUGUUAUGCAUUAGCACUGGUCAAACAUUGCAUCAACUAUAUGUAUGUCACACAAAUAACUGACGUUUUAUAUCAGAUUUGGCAGUUUUGUUUAAUAUUUAGAUGAUCAAAUAUGUAUCAAAUAACCCCCCCCCCCAAAAAAAAAAAAAAAAAAAACUCACAACCAUGGUCAAAUCUUGGAAUUGGCUUUGCUGCUUUUAUAUGGUAAUAAUGUAAAUUGUGUGACCUUUGAUGUCAGACCCUUAACCACAUCAAGUAUGUUUUGAUGCUGUAAAUGCUUAAUGCAUAUCAUUUCAGCUACACAUAAGGAUAGGUAAAUUUCCAAAAGUGUAUAUUGCUUGUGACUCUGAAGUAUCUGUAUACAUGAUUUUUGUCAAGUAUAUGUAAUUUAAAAUCAUAUAUAAAAAAUCAAGGUCACGUAAAGAAAAAGUUGACAAUUUAAGUGCCAUACAGAGAACUUAUUAUAAUGUGAUAUUUAUGACAAUAAAAAAUGGACAAAAGCUUUAUUAUGUAACUUCCUUAUUGAUCGUAUAACACUGGCAGUUUAUUUAUUCAUACAAUGUAUUUGCAAAACCUCUCCUAAACCAAAUACAUCUCAAGUACAAAACAUAAAAUGUGGUGUCAUUAUGUAGAACGUUUGUCUGGUCGCGUGAUUGUGUGGAAUUCCCCUAUUUAUUCCAUAACAAAGAGUGAUUGAUUAUGCAUAUGUAAUACCUGCAAUAUUCUCCUACAGAAUGUCUGAUAAGGUUGUUAUUGACUGUAUGAAGAUAUUAUUGAAAACGCAUUGUAAUAUUUUUCUUGUUGUCAUCUGGUUGUGAGUUUGGUAUCCAAGUGUAUAAUAUAUCAUUAAGUAUUUAUUUCCUAUACAGAAUCAGUUUAUUUGAUAUCGUGUUGAGCAAGAGCAUUUUUUACCAAGAGCAUAAUAAUCAUUUUAAUCAUCCUUUAGUAUGAUAGUGCCUCACGUCAUUCCUUUUGUUUGUACAUGAAAUGUUAUUUGUCAUUUAGAUCUAUCUAUAUUUUUAGCUAGUCUAGUUAUUGUCUAGCUUUUGGUCGUUGUCUGUGCCAGCAUAAGUGCGUUAGUUUGCAAUACGGGCAAGAUAUUCAAAUGAAACUUUAACUUGGUACACAUGUUGCCCGAGACAAUAUGCACAAUGCCCAUAACUCUGGUUUUAAUAAUUGUAGAGCAAUGAACAUUUUCAAUUGAAAAUAAUAUCUGAGUGUUAGCUUCCCUCUUGCAUUUGCUUUGUAAAACAUUGAUCCGUCAUCCGUCCACAAGAUCUUAAAGGUCUGUAUGCUCAUUUCUUGCUGUGCUUAAAAGUAUUACUAAGUUUUAAAUAUUACUUUAUAUGCCUAUAUUUUAUUUAUUCUGAUGCAAUGUUUUGUGCCAUACUUGCUACAUAUACUUAAGUCCUCAAGUUAUGUAUCAAGUCUUGUUUCAUAUUUCAGAUUCCUUUGAAAUACCUUUUAAUGUGUUAUAAUACAGUGAAUAAGUGUCCAUGUUUACCAUAAAUGAUGAUAUAUACGAAUUGAAUCUAACCAAGAAUUCCAGCAAUGCUUGAAAGUUUAUUGUUACUGCUCAUGAUGUGUCUUCAUAAAUUACUGUAACUGUGCUGCUACAAUUAGCUGUUAAGUUAAGAUUUUGAAAAGUGUACAAGUUUUUUUAGCUAGAUACAGAAUUAUGUAACCAAGAAAUUUGAAGAGAAACUGAUACAUUUCAAGAAAAUGUAUAGUUUAUCUUUAAACAUUGUACAACAAUUGUUAAAGUGUUUGAUUACUGUUUGUUUAUUUAAUUUAUUAAAUCUUGUACAUUGUACAACAAUGGUUUAAAUGUUUGAUUACUGUUUGUUUUUUUAGAAUUUUAAAUCUUUUUACAUUGUACAACAAUGGUUUAAGUGUUUUUUUAUAUAUUUGUGUGCUGCUUAUGUGCUUAUUGAGUGCCAUAAUUUUGUAUAAUAUAAUUAUAACAUCUAUGUAUAUAAGUUUAAAAUUGACAGUUAAAGUUUGUUAUUGGCUUUAAAGAUUAUUUAUUGUUACACUUGUUUGGAAUGUUUUACAGGCCUUACUUGUUGUUUGAUAGCUAUUUCAAAGGAAACAAAAGCAUUAUACAUAAAAGUCAUACUUAUUUUGUCAUAGCUAACUUUGCUUGGUUAAAAAUGUUUUACAACACAUUACGUAUAGUACUGUACAUCACUCAUCGAGUUGAAUAUUUUGUGAGCAAAAAUAAUCUUCAAAUUCAAUAAGAAUUUAUCAGAUUAGGUCGUAUGAAAUACCAGAUGAUACGCCAAUGCAUAAUGUUAACGUUAUUUAUUGAAUGACAAAGGCAAAUACAAUAUUAUCAGCUUGUCACAACCUAAUGUAUCCAAGAGUCAUAAAUAUUUACCCAGUGUGUUGACGAUAUGAAAAAAAAAUGUUUGGCCCUUUGAAUAGCAGAGUUCAUUGAAGUGUGACCUUGAAAUGAAUGAGAUACUUUUAUACAUAACAAAUGAUUCCAACUGCAUUGCAGUAAACAUUGAUUAUAAUGAUUGUAAUACAUUCAAAAUGGUAUAUUGAAACCAAUGAUAAUAUGAUUCCAAAUUUUCAUCCAACAUUUGGUCGGAGAAGCAUACCUAUACUUGACAGAAGUGAAACGCCCUAUCUUACUAGUGCAGUAGUAACUGAUGUGAACAUACAUAUUUAAUAGUAAACAAAAUAUAGUCAUGUUGUUAUGUAUGGGUUGUUUUGUUAAGGCUAUGUUUGUUAAUACUCAGAACACACAGGAAGAAAAGGUAUUUGGUGAAGUCAUCAAGGACGUAAUUUGAUAUGUUUACAAUAUCAGUAGUAAAGUAUGCAUGAAUUGUGCACUAUUGAAAUUCAAUAACUUGUAGGAUUGUAAGGGGGAUUUCCCCACAAUAAGAAGAGCCAAUGAAAAAUGCUCCUUCAAUCUGCAUACCUUCAAUAUCUAGUCCAAAGCCAGGUUUAUAUUCAGCACGUUUACUGCAUCAUUAGGUUAUACUAAAAUAGCGAUGUUUGAAUACCCUAUCAAUGAUUUAUAGAGGUGGUCGUUUACGUUCUUGUUUUGCAUUUUAUAAGCUCUUAAUCAAAAGACAUGAAACAUGACUCCAUCUAGCUAUUUCUUUGACCAUAACAUCAAAUAUGUAUUUAUGAAUGUAUAGUUUUACUGUCUCUGUCAAAUGUAUAAUGCAUGACCACUGUAUGUUGUUCUGUAAUUAGAGCUUUCGUUUAAGUGUAUAGUUCCAGUUUUAAAAUGAUUUUAUAAAUCAAAACAUUACAGCCUUUUGUUAUGAAUGAAGAAUUGUGUUGAGUGCUACCAUGUUUGUUUUCAUUGUGUCAUAGUUGCGUGAAUCUGUGUCAUUACGAAAUGGUUUGUUUAUUGCCUUGGGAGAGUACGCGCUCAAAGACAUAAUAAUAUGAAGCCAUCUUGAAAAUAACACGAAGCCAUCUUGAAUACCACUAAUUGAUUUUAAGAUCAAAAGCGAUCAAAUGUGCAUAGAAUUCUGGUCUGAAAGGUUGCACAGUUCAUAAAUAUCUAUAAAUCAAGGUGUUGAUUAUUGCUUGAAUGUUUUUGAGCUAUUGGUUUGGUUAUUUGCAGUGCAAUUAGUAUUUUAAUCAUUAUAAUAUGCAAAAUGUUGGUUAUAUUAGCAUCAAAUGCUUUUGUUUUCUAUGUAAUUGUUAUGAAUGAUUCUUGAAUAAAAGUUUUCUUCA